AUGGACACGACCGCGUACAACUACAACCCGUACGCAAAACAACCAUGCGUCGAUGGCGACUCUGCGGGGGACACGUGCGUGGCCUGCCUCUACCCCGGCUGCACGAACUCGACGGCGCCGAACUUCGACCCGAACGCCAUCUUCGACGACGGCACCUGCCGCUCCGACUUCAUUUGCACGGACGAGGAGGCCAUCAACACGAAGGCCUCCUACGACGGGUGCACCUACCAGAUGGUGCAGGCGGGGCAGGAGCCUUGCCGCUGCCUCUACUCGGGCUGCGGCAACGAGAGCGCAAGCAACUUUAACGAGGACUCCAACACCCCGUGCAUCGAUGACGUCUGCACCACUUUUCUCCUACGUCAGCGCGGGGAAGACGGCAUCUGCAAGGGGUACGCGCAAGCGAGUACGGCGGAAUACAGCCGAACACCGCUACAGCCGUGCCCUCUCGAGCGCUAG